AACUGUCUUUCCCUCUAUGGAAAAAGUAAUCUCAAAAUUAAAAUUUACCAAGUGGCAAAAUUGUAAUAAAGUGUCUGUCUGCUUUGUGGACAGAGAUUAAAUAACCCAGGUUUGAGCAGUUCUUAAAAGUGUAUUUCACCAUAGCAGUUUUUAAAGCCUGGCAGGAUUACAGCAUGUGAGAGGGAAACAAUGUUGGAGCUUUUAGAAAAACUUCCUUUGCUGUCAUGAGGUAGCAUUAUCUUUAAUCCUCAUGUUGUGUGUGUGUAAACAUAUGUAUGUAACCAUUUCCACCUGCAAACAAUAGGCAUGGAGCUGCAAACCACCUGCUGGUGAGUUUCUGGAAGGGAGCAGUUCUGUUCAGUUCUUGUGGUGACGUGUGCUCUGACUCAUUCCAGGGUAAUGCAUCCUUUGUAAUGUUAUCCCCUGAGAGCUCACGUAGGCUGAUCAUUAACCUCAGCUUUUCAUAGGUACUUGGAAUCAGUUGGAUGCAUUGAAAUUAGCAGGUAAUAGCCAGAUGGGAAGGAUACAUGGGGACAGAAGCAGAGAAAUUGCCAGAUGAUUUUUUCAGUUUUUAUUCUUGUGUAGAAAGCUUUGUUUGUGACAUGCCGAGUUAUUUCCAGUUUUUAUUAAAGCUUGUUCGUUUGGAGUAUUUGCUCUGUGUGCUUGGGGGUUUUUUUUUGCCCUAUCAUUGGGCCUUUCCUUGAUGUAGAAUCCUUUUCUUUCAGAUUGCAGUUGAUGUGACCAGCAGCCAGGCUGACAGUCUGGCUGUGAAAAUUCACAAUAUCUUGUAUCCUUAUCGUUUCACCAAAGACAUGGUUCAUUCAAUGCAGGUUCUUCAGCAAGUGGACAAUAAAUUUAUCGCUUGUUUAAUUAACACUAGGAAUGGAAUGGAUAAAAAUGCAGAUGGAAACCUCCUGAUUUUGGUGGAUCAACAUGCAGCUCAUGAACGGAUCCGCUUGGAGCAGCUGAUUGCAGAUUCCUAUGAGAAGGAAGCUGCAGCAUGUGGCAAGAAGAAAAUACUGUCAUCCUCCAUCUCUCCCCCUUUAGAGAUUGAAGUUACAGAAGAGCAAAGAAGAUUUCUACGAUGCUGCUACAAAAAUUUGGGGGACUUGGGUCUUGAAUUAUCAUUUCCUGAGACAAACAACUCCUUGAUUCUUGUGAGGAAAGUGCCAAUGUGUUUUAUAGAAAGAGAAGCCAAUGAAUUACGACGGAAAAGACAACCUAUCACUAAAAGUAUUGUUGAGGAGCUUAUUCAAGAACAAGUUGAGCUAAUGCAGACCACAAGAGGAGGAGCACGAGGGACACUACCUCUGACAUUUCUGAAGGUGUUAGCUUCCCAGGCCUGUCAUGGAGCUAUUAAGUUUAAUGAGCAUUUGACUUUGGAGGAGAGCUGCAGGCUUAUUGAAGCUUUGUCAUCUUGUAAGCUGCCCUUCCAGUGUGCUCAUGGAAGACCUUCAAUGCUGCCUCUUGCAGACAUAGACCAUCUACAGCAGGAAAAACAGCCUAAACCUAAUUUGACUAGACUGAGGAAGAUGGCACGCGCAUGGCAGCUAUUUGGGAAAAAAAAGGAACCUAUUUAAAAAAAAUUAAGACUGUAAACUGCAACCACUAGAAGCACUGGUAUGAUCCAUGAGCUGUGUUGUUAGACUACAAUACCUUGUGGAGCCAAGUUCUGAGCCAGUGCAGUCACCAAAGCUCUCCUCUGACUACUGAACAAAGAAGCAGAGACCAGCCAGGAGAACAUGGCAGAAGGAGCUCGCCCUUGGAGCCUGGAGAAGCUUCUUCAUCAUUAAGGAAUAGUGUUGUGAGUAUGGGCCCCACGUCAGCGCUGGACUGUUGGGUGCAAGGAGUCCCAGCCACUUGCACUUACUAAAGCAAAACACUUAUUUUCUGCAAGCACAGCAUAAUUCUGUAUAUAUAAUUGCAUAAUAGAGAGGGGGAUUUAAAUUAGUGUAUUUUACAGUACUUUGAAAAUUGGAAGGCAUUUCUUAAUAAAGUUCACACUAAACUCA